AUGGCAAUUCAAGGUGCCUCCUCCUCUUCCUUUUCUCCUAUUUUUCAUUGGUGGACAAAUGAUGUAUUCUUAAGUUUUAGAGGUGAAGAUACUCGUCAAAACUUCACUGCUCAUCUAUAUGAUGCUUUGCUUCGAAAAAAUAUAAACACAUACAUAGAUGACAAGCUUCCAAGAGGAGAGAAAAUUUCACCUGCACUUCUCAAGGCUAUUGAAAGUUCAAAGAUUUCAAUUGUUAUACUCUCAAAAAAUUAUGCAUCAUCCGCAUGGUGCUUGGAUGAGCUAACGAAGAUCCUUGAGUGCAAAAAAAGAAAGCAACAAAAGGUUCUACCAGUGUUUUACAAUGUAAAUCCGACAGAGGUACGACAUCAAAGAGAGAAUUUUGGAAAAGCAUUGACUAAACUUAAAGAUAGAUUCAAGCAUGAGAUGAAGGUGCAGAGGUGGAAAGUAGCCCUUACAGAGGUGGCCAAUUUGUCUGGGUUCACUUUAGGAGACAAGUAUUUUACUUCUACCCACUCUUAUGCCUUCAUUUAUAAAACACGAUUUGAUCAUAACACAUCUUUAUAA